UGCUCUUGGUCCCACAGCAGGGAGAGGAGCUGCUUCCCCUCCGUUUGAGCCUGUAAAAUACCUUGCAGAGUUUUCAGCAGCUUCACUGUGAAGCUUGCACCCAAGGAGUGGGAAUGCUCUCCCCUGCCAGAGGAGGAACCACCUCUGGCAUCAGCUCAUUCCUGUUACUAAUUCCAGCUGACAUGCAGUACAUCUCACCAUACCACAGUGCAGCACAGGACUGUGUGUAGUGGAGGCAUCAGACAUAGCUGAAGAAAUGAUGCUCCUUUUCCACAUCAGAAAGAGGGCACUGAGGAUGACAUUACAGACAUCAGGAGCUGUGGUUCACAAAGUCUGACCCUGUGGUUUCUGAAUCAUCUGCUUUAUGGCAGCACUCCGCCCCAACCAGGCCCUGUGGCAAUGCCAGCAGUCCCUUGCCCUGGACAUUUGUGUUUGAGGUGUAACAUCAUCCCUGAGCUCCAGAGCAAGUGACAUCAUGAGCCAAUGGUCCCCUGUAGUGAUCACUUACACAUCACCUAAUAGCCAUUCAAUUUGUAAAUAGCCACAUCAUUAAAUAUGCCCCAUUUCAGCACCAAAAAGCCCCCAUUCUAGAUUCUCAUUCCUAAUACAUUAUGUGGCCAAGACAAAAAAUCUGAGCAGCUUUCCCACAAUUUGGACAUGCCACGAGUCACUCCUUUAGAGCUUUCAAAGAUAAAAGGAAGUAUUUUCUAUUUAGUUUCUAUUUCUAUUUUCUAUUAAAUAAUUUAGAAUUUACUAAAAACAUUCCAGAUUACUGAAGGGAAUAAACUGAAGAUGACGAAAACUCUUGCUGAUAUUUGUUAGGGUGCAGAGUAACCUUGGCUUGCAUUAGUGUAAGGAUGCUUUUCAUGUGACUUUGUUCUUCUGGAUAAACUCUUGGUGAGAAUGACAGGCUGCAAAUGCUGAAGCAAGAAGCAAAAGUGAAAAACACAAUAAGAAAGAGCAGAAAGUAGACUAAAUACGUGCACAAGUUGCUCCAGAGGACUUCACCAGUGCUUUAUCAGGAAAAUAAAUAUUUUCUGAGACUAUCUGAGGAAAUUAUAUUCCAUGACUUUUUCAGUCCAGUCAAAGCCUAAAAUUGUCUAUACUUUGUAGUGUGAUGCUGUUUUAAGACUGAAACGAAGCCUAUCACACACAAUACCACAAAAAGGAGCAGCCUAGGCAAAAGGAGAUUUUGGGGAAAACACGUUUGGUGAAGCUUAAACUAGGUGCAGGGGAGAAGGUUGAGGAUACAAAAAAUAUAUGUAUCAGUAGGGAACUAACAGCAAACUUCAGAAGUAUCAAGGAACCGUGGGAUUACAGAUUCCUACAGAUGUCAGGGGGAGCUAUUCAGGGAAAGACCUUUACUGAACAAAUUAGAAGUGUUACAACCCUUUUUUCAAAUUAAAAAAAGUAAUCUAUUUCAAAAAUCUUAAACAAUAAGUAUCACUUCUGGCAAGUGGCCACAGAAAAUCUAUUUCAAAAUAAUAAAGCUUGUUACUACAGAAAACCUGUGACUUCAUUUUGGAAUUAUCAAAUAUCCUAAUCCCAUCAUGUACUUUGAAACAUUUAAUCUUCACACUGUAAGAAGAGUUACUUUAGGCUAUAUCAUGAUUACUUGUGCUUAAGGGACCGACUUGAAGGGAGAAGUGUCAGAACAGGUAGAGUGGCUUUGUCCCCAGGCAAAGAAGUAUCCUGCGUCAGUGACAAGCAAAGGACUUCAAACAGAUGUCAUCUAAUACUUGCAACUAGUAAUUCCUCCUUUUCUGAUAUCAUCUGACUUAUUUUCCUCCUUGUGGUAUCACAAAAUUAGUACGUUUCUUACUAUGCUAGCCUCGGUUCUGAUGGUACUGCUUUUAAAAGGGUUUCCUCAAAGCCUAAUGAGAAGAAGCUCAGGCUCAGAAUAAUACAGAUUUUUGGAGGGAUGGUGGAAGUCAUUUCCCACUUUGUCUGUCUUUCCUUUUAAGUGCCAGUUUCAUAAUGAAUUAAAUAAAAAUGUUCCCAUUGAUUCACCCUCUUACAGUAAUUUUACAUUGUCUUUGAGAAAGUUUUAAAACAAUCUGUGAUACUGAUCUUAUUCUUCUGAGAAGCAGAUAUUUUCAUUUCCCCUGUGACUGAUUCCCUGAAAUUAUUUACAAAAAUUUUCUCAGUAGGGUACAUGAUAGGGAAGAUACAAAACAUGGAACAAAAAAGUAAUGGAAUUCUAGAAAUGCUAAAAGAGUCUUCCAACCAUUUUUUUCAUCAUCAUAAGCCAGGAAAGUCAGCUGUGUUUUCCUGACUGUUUGCAGGCUUUGUAUUCUGCAGAUAUUCUCUGUAGACCCAACAGCACUGGGAGCUCUGCUUAAACCAUAUGUCCACACAUCAAUGCUCCUUUCAAAAGCUGUGUUUCCAGGGGUUAUCAGCUCAUGAAAUUUGCUGUCUAAAGGGUCUUGCAACCCCAUCACAUAGCAGAAAAAGUUGACAGCUGUGGACUUACCCAUUCAGAUGGCAAAGCAAUGCACUGACAGUGGUCAUGAGGCUGCAUGACUCUCUUUGAUCUUUCAUCAGGCAUGUGAAGUUCUACCAAAAUCAAUGGAGUUACAACAGUUUAAAGCAUUCAAUGGCUUUCCGUGGGCAAGAGGGUAGAGCUGACCAAAAAAGACCAGUCAAGGAAUAAUAAUAACAAUAAUAAUACUUUGUCCUAAAUAUUGUCUGGAGUUGAAGGCAGGCGGGUUGACAAAAAUCCUCAUGAAUUCAAAUUGACUUUAGCUACUAGCUUUGUUUGUUAAUAAAAAGUGAUGACCACAUCAAUGUCUUAAAACUUUCUCCUUUUUUAAUCUGCUUUCAAGACUGUCCACUGCUUUGGAGGUAUGAGAGGUGAAAUUUAUUUUGAGACGACGUAUAAUAUAUAUAAUAUAAAAUAUAUACACAUUUUUCAUGCUCAACACAAAGUCACAGUGAUUUUUAUUAAUUUGUUAUUGAUACUCUCCCAGGAGUCAGGCAUUGCAUCUUGCUCCAUCCUACUGACACAAGUGUUCAGGCAGGCAGAGAGUCACUCAGAUCACAGACUGGAUCCUAACGAAAACGAUUAAAUUCCUUUGGUGUCUUAUUUUCCAGCUAGAUCCCCUCCUCAGUCUGACAUAAUGGCUCAAACACCAGUGCUGAAACACAUGGAAAGUGGUGAGAAAAAGUGACUCGUGGCAGAAGUCAGACUACAGACUGGCAGUGAUACUCUCUUUUGGCAGCAUCUUUGCCAUAUUUGUACCUAUUUGGUAGCAUGUCCCCGCUUCCCAGGAAUUAGCAGGGCUCAUUGAAAGAGCUUGAAACUAAAUCUGAAUAAUAAAUAAGCCCGGGGCCGGUACACUCAUGUAUGAUUCUAUGUUUCUAUAUCAGUUUAUAACAGUUGUGGAACUACAUGCUAAAUGUCAAGCAGAAAGCAGCAGAUUUCACUAAACAGUUGUGUGGUACCCAGGCUAAAUGGGACAUUUAAUGUGCAGUUGGUAACAGCAUAGGAUGCUCCAUGGAAUGUCUUCUAUAUGACUUUAAAAAAAAAUAAUAGGAUGUCAAAUUUUAGAAAGUAAUAAUUUUUUCAAAAUGUGUAAAAUAUGGAACUUCCCACUAGAAAAAUUGCAUAGAUUAUUGCAAACAGAUAAUGAAAUAGUAUUAAAUGAAACACAAAAGUGUAAUUUACCCUUCCUUUAAAAUGCCUGUAACUCUGACCAAGGCCUCUGCUCUCUGUUCAUGUUUGCCAAUUGUUCCUGUAUACAUAGGGAAUAAAGACAGUACCCCUUGUUGCAUUCACGUAGGCAUGUUUUGAAAGUCUAGGUACUUUCAAAAUACUGAAAAGUCCAGACAAGGAGUAUCAGAAAAAAAGUAGACCAUAGAGAUCUCAAUAUUUCAGCAUUUGUGAGUAACAAUGAAAAUCUAAGUAAGAGCAGCAGGGAGUGGUGGUUGAUGAUGCCGAACUAAAGUACAAAGGGAGAUUCCCAACAAGUUCCCUGUCCACACCAAAACUGCCAUUGUCACACAUAGCUGCAUCUGCAGAGGAUGUAGCUCUGUGCUACAGCUGUAGGAAAGGGCUAGGGGAAGGGGAUGUUUCGUAUCAGAGUGGUUCAUCUUGACUGCUUCUGGUUUUUAUUUUUAACUGCUGGUCUUCCACGUAAUUUUAACAUCAGCAGGGGAAGCUGAGUGCAGUCUGCAUUUUUGAUGAGCGAUACCAGGGGACUUCACAGCAAGGAGCGCCUGACCAGAGCGGGCAGAGCUGUGGUGCUGCCCUGCCAGGCACACACAGAUCCCCUGCCAAGGAAGGGGUGUGUGAGAGCUGGUGUUGCAUGAGAAGCUCUUGCACUAGUACAAAAGAAACUCCAGGGAGAGGAAGCAGGUGUGACUCCCAGGUAGCCAGGACCCUUUGCCACCCAAUCCUCCCGGGUUUCACCAUAGAAACCAGCUCUUCCUUCCAAAAACCAGCCCAUGGAGGAAGUGAGGCUUUCUCCUACGCCCAGGCUUACUCAACAGCUCUGGGGUCAGCAUGUCCCUGGAAAUCACUUUCUAUUUCUGCCCAAGGUCUGAAUUUUCUGUACUACCUAUUUGAGCAAACUUCCCUCAGAAUCCAGGUCAACCCACUGAGGUGACACACAGGCUCCUGAUCUUCUCUGACAAAAAAAACGGUUCACUUUAAGACAAGGCAUAGAAAAACAUCUUGGCCAAUAUUCUUCUUGGGAGUUGGGAGACUUUCCUGUAAAGGAGUAAAUCUGGGCUCAUAAUCCGUUUAAAUAAAGAAGGGAUAUGAUUCAACAUCUCCCACAUCCUGGUUAAGCAAUCUAAACAAAAAAGCAACACACCAUCUAACUGGCCAUCUAAAGGAAAAAAUUAGUUGGACCUAGACCACUCAGAUCCUCUAGUGAAGGGAUCAAAAUCUUUAUAGCUGACCUGGCCCCCAGGACACUUUUGCUUCAAGAACAGCAGUGUGGGAAGAGUAAAUAUCCAGAUCCAGAACAAUCUAUUAAUCCUCUUAUAGUGUGCUAGCAUGCAAUUAGAAAGGGUUCCUGCUAUGGUAAGUAGGUUCCCUUUCACAAAUUCUGUCCAGAAUAAUAAAGUUUGCUAGAACUCACCUAGAAAGGAAGAAAGACACAAAUCCCACAAUGUGUAAGGUACUUUCUGAGUAAUGACACUCAGUUUUCUCAACAAAAUGGUAUGACCAAAGUGAUAAACUCCACAGCAGCUUCACUGCAUCACUGCAGGACUCUUGAGCUAGACAACCUUUAUGAGAGCACACAACACUCAUUGAAGGUGCACUCUGCAUUUUGGUUUUCCAGUUACCCAUCUGCUAAGAGAAACUUCCAACACAUAUAAGGUGGUAUUGAAAAGUUAGCUCCCAAAAGGAAUGUACUGGAGCCUUGCAUCUCAUUCUGACAAUGGAGUUACAAUACUUUUACCACUGAUACCACCCAACUUCUGAUCUCACUACAGAGAGAAAACACUGUUUUCCAGAAAAAAUACAAAAAAUUUGUUAAGUGACUUGGUUUAUAUGUAGGUAAUUUACAAAGUCACAAAAAGGCAAUCACUAGGAAAAGCAGAAUGAGAAUGCAAGAGAAUGCACGGCUAAAUGUCAAACCAAGUGAGUCAAUAGUCUGACAAGGAAAUUAUGGGCACAAAAACAUUGAACAUGGACAAGGGUAAAGAUAGUUAGAUUUACAGAUGUCUCGUGAAAUGACACAUGAGCUUUUAUUUAAGAGUGAAAUGGAUCCUCUUUACUGAGGUGAGCUAGACUUGGUAUGCAUUUAUGAGUGGGAUUAUAAACAUUGACACCCUUCAGUUUCCUUUGGCAUUGAGCAAGUUCCUUGGAGGGAAAACCCCCCUUUUGAACGCUUUGUAAAACACAAUCUACAUCUAAUGUACCAUGUCAAAAACGGCAAACAAUAAAAAUAAAUACACCAUUCAAUACCUCCCAUACACUCACGCUCUUCACUGUGUUCUCUUUUCAGCUCUGUCAUCUUCUCUGGUGACUGAAAUACUUCACUUUUCUUCAUCAUAUAACUUCUUUGAAUUUUCAUCUUUCAUGCUUAGAAAGCAAGCGCAAUGGGAACUGAGAAGUUCCUUAAACACAAGUGGAACUUACAGUCAAUUAAUGCUUAAAAACAGAGAUUUUUUUUUAGAAGUACAGCCCUACAAUAAUUCAAAACACAAUGCUGACAAAAUGAGAUCCCUGUCAAAACAGCGUGUUGUCCUAGUGAGUGAUGCUCACAAAACAAGCCAGACAACAGCAUGCUGCUUGUGAAAGACCCAAGGCCACCAGUAUUUCUAACUUGGCCAGCUCUGAGUUCUAGUGGUCUCAUGCAGCCCUAAAAGGGGCACCACCCACCCCACCCGGCACACUGUGGAGACAAAGCAACAGCUACCUUCCUUCCAUGAGAAAAGUCUGUCAAAUUGCUUCCUGAUGCCAUUAUCAGCACAGCCACAGCAGCAAAGUGCUCCUAGGGCAAAUCUACUGUCAGGUGCCACAAUAUUCUCAUUUCAGCAUUAAAAUGCCUUCAAUCAUUUUGACUUGAAGGACAUGUGUCUAUUAGAUGUGUCUUGUACCAUUCAGAUAUUCCCCAAGAACCAUUGUAUUUAGGACCUCCUUCAUCUAGGACUGCAUGGUUGGAAGUUGUUGUCUACUGGAAGUUGACUAGAGAAGACCAUAGCAUUAUUUAUCUUCUUGAAAUUGAGCAUGUAAAGCUGAAAACCAGGACAUAAUUACAAGGUAAGUAAAAAUUUUACUUCUAAACCUCUGAUUUAGCUUAAAGCAAGGAAAUUCAUGGUAUUUGCAUAUGAUGCACUCAAGAAAAAAAUUCAAGUCUUACUACACAUCUUAGUCUUAUUGAAAAAUGAUGCAAGUCUUCCUUUAGGAAAGAAAAAUGAGCAAUCCCCAAAGCUUUUCACCCAAAAAUCCCCAAAAAAUUUGCAGUUACCUGGCAAAUCACCAACAGUUAAGCAAAGAACUUGACAAGCCACAAAAGCAAUGGGCUGUUAGUCAAAUGUACCAGUGCUCUUUGGUGACAUACAGCUUGUCAAAGCAAUGUUUGCUUAUGAGAAACAUGAACACAAGGUAUUACUGACCUGUUCAACCUGUUCACUUCAAAUACAACACAGGGCAGCUUGGUUUAAUGUUACAAAGAACUCUGACACUCUACAAGAUCUGUAGGAAUUCAAGUUCCCUUGUUACAAACUUUGAGGAAUUUAAAAAUAUGUCAGGGGAACCAGAUAUCAGCUUUCCUCCUUAUUCAAACUAUUUGGAAGUGAUAUUUGCUUAGUGAUUGUCAUGAUCUCACUUCUGACAAUUGGCAUUCUCUUUCACAGACAAUCUAACACUUCUAUAGAAUAACACCAUAUUUUAAAUUGUAUUUCUUCUCUUACUAUCAGCAGUACUAUUUUAAGUCAUAAUCCCCAAAUAAACAUUACUGUUUUUCUUACUACUGUAAAAUAGUGGAGAUUGUUAGAAAGAGGACAGUCAAACCAAACACACAUUGGAGUGGAACUUACUGCAACCCCAAUAAUUCUACCUCAUUAAAAGACCUUAUUUUUCCUUCUAUGAAUGCCAUUUGUGUUGACUCACAACACUCAGCAAGCAAGGUCUCCUGCUGCUGCCAGUGGCACUGGGUUUUGCUCUGGCACAUGGUGGGGCUCCUUGUAGACAUGAUGGCUGCUGGCUGAUGGAAGAGGGGAGACAGGCUUUGACCAUGACAACUCCGCGGUUUGUUGAAUUCCUUAGUGGCAAUAACAUUUUCAUGUUGGUGUCACCCACCACUCCUGAAAACAGGCUCCUCUGCAAAUCUCCCAGGUUAUCAAGAGCAAAAGUGGCACAGGCUUGCUCCCAGGCAGAACAAUUCUAGAAGAAAGAGAGCCUUUUCCAAAAUGGGUCAGUGAGUUGUACUCACUGUAUUGAUCCUAGAAAACACACAUGGAAUGAUCCUGGAUUGGCUAUAAACUGGAACUGGGAAAAAUUUUUAUGUGUGACAAUCAGAGAGGAGAGACUUUUUUACAAUGGUCAGAAAUGGUCCCUCUGCUCCUACAGAAAUGCCCAGUAGUAGUGCUCAUUCCUCAGAUGGAAGAUAGUUAAACACUGAAAAUUUCUGAAAUCCCACCUUAGGAAGUUUUUACAUACCAGGAUGCAGCCAUCUUAUUGACCGUAUAAAUGAAAAGAUAAAACUUGUACAGUGAAACGAAGUGCAAUAGAAAUAAUAGGAUGCAAGAACAGCAAUCUGCAGUAUUACAAAGGUGCUAUGCAGGAAAUUCCUUGGCAUCUAGAAACUAUGCCCUAGAGUCUCACUAAUAAUACUCCUACAUUUUAAGUACCAGGCAGAUCUGAUCUGUAGGUAACUCAUGAGCAAGUGCUGUUUGUUCAGGGCUUAGUAAAUUUUAGGCGACGUGACUACUGAUGAAUCAGUGUAAUCCAGUGUAGUACAGUGCAGACUAAUUAGUAAUGCAGUGGGGAUCUACUUUAAGCCUUCCCCAAAAUUUAACCAUUAUUACAGAUAGAUCAGCGCAAAAGUAUUUCUUCUAUGUACAGUACCAAUUAAACAAGUCAUUUUCCAUAAGAAACUGGCCAAAGCAAUAGAAGUAUUCUAAUGCUACUGUGUAAAUUCCAGUUCCUUCUUCCUUUGAAUGCUAUGCUUUGUCCUAGAUUAUCAAACAGAGUUUCUAAGCCAUUAAUGAGCACCUUUCACUGGAGCAUGUAAGUAUACUUUGUACUUCUGAAAAGUCACAUGGACAUUCAUAUAAAAAAAGUAAACAAAACCCCAAAAUGAGAAAACAGUAACUGAAGGUUUAGAGACUUUUAGAUGAGGAACAGUUGAAACUUGCUUUUAUUUCACUCUGCAGAUGCAACUACACACAUCAGUACAAAAUGUUCUCUGAAAAUUUCUAAGGAACAGAGACUUUCAUGACACAAUGAAAAUACGACAACUCAUAAAAUAAGUUUACAAAAUUAAGAAUUACAGAGCUACAGACAAGACUAAAUUACAGAAUGCUUGCUGAAAAGAUAUUACUAAGGAGACACAGCCUUCUACCAAGUUUUCAUCAUUUUAAGAACAAUAUUUUCACUUGGGUUAGUAAAGCAAAAGUGUGACUGUCUGCAGGCAGCAGCCUAUGACUCGCCUGGCAGUGAAAGGAAAUCCCUGAGACAUGUACAUCCAUGUGCUAUCGCAAGUGGAAAAAGAGGUAGGCAGGAGUUCCCUCCCUGAUGUAUCUGCCUCUGAUGGUUAUCCAAAAGCAAAUACCAGGCUUUGAGUUCAUCUGGCCUGGCUGUUUUAAUCCUUUAGCACUUUUCACUGAUAAUAGUCAAACAUAUUGCUUGCUUUCCUCUGUACCUAACACCACUGACCUGACAUUACAGCAGAUGCUGUUCUGGCAAAUCCUCCCUGCAGCACUCAGGGACAUGGGCAGAGAUGGAUUGCUGCUGUUGAAAACUGCUCUCUCACACUUGUGUUCCAGAUGUAAUAUCUCUCCACUGGGCAAAAUUACCUUAGUUGCUUUUCUGCUACUGGCUGAAAGAGACAUUAAAUAAAAACCAGUAGUACCCUGGGUUUUUUCUGAGGCUCUCAUUUCAGGCUGUUUUUAGAAAAUGAAGUAUCUGGGGUAUUUUUCAGUUUCUGUAUUGUCUCUAACAUCUCUCUUACACCUCAUGUACUGUUCUCCCCACUCUGUACCCUGCUGUUACCAUUCCCAAUGCAGACUCUAGUCUUCCUUAUGUGAGAAAACAUAACUGAGUUCAAACUACAAAGAAAACUAAAACAAAAAAAUUAAAAAGGGGAUAAAAAAAAGAGGAAAAAGAGGAAAGGAAAAAAGGAAAAAAAAAAAAAAAAAGAAAAGGCAAUUUGGCCAAAAUCAGUUCAAGACAUUCCACAAGUUCAAUGUCAGCAUGCCUUACACAGUUUGACUCAGCCUGCAUGCUGCAAGAUUGAUCCCAAAAGGCACACUUGCCCUGGGUGAAGAGUCCCCCUGAAAGGUUAAAAUUCCUGCAAUAGCUACCAGGUAGGCAGAAAGAGAUAAGGUAGCAGAUAACAGGGAAUUUCGUGGCAUUUCCUGCAGCCACCCUCCCACAGGAGCUAGCUUUCGUCCAUUUGAUGUAUUUAAUCUACUCACACGUAGUUCACUCAGAAAGAGGCAACUUGAGACUUGUACUACCCAGCACCUAAACAGAGGCGUUUAGUUUCACAUACACAAAUAACAAAAAUAGUCAAAAUACAAAGACAGACACACAUCAUGCAAAAUCCAUUAAACCACAUUAAAAUACCCAAACACACGGCAGCAUGUAGCAUAUACGAUGUGUGUAUCAGGUGUGGAGGCUGAUAAGGUUCGCGGGUCUGACUGCCGGGAGUCUCUGCGCGGCUGGGGCUGGCCGGGACCCCGCGGGCAGGUGAGCGGCGGAGGGUGCGGGGGGAGCCCGGCCCGCAAGGAGUUACGGAGCGCGAUUACUUCAUGUUCCCACCGAGCCACCCCCUCCAGCCCAUUUCACAAUCCCGGCUCUCGAGCAGUCCUGUCAAGCCGGGCGCGAUCCGUGAGCACACACCCCCCGUGUUCUCAUGCCGGAUUUUCCCAGGCCAUGAAUAAUCUCGAAGCCCCCUCAAUAAAUACACGUUCAGGGAUGCCCGGAGCUCACUCAACCCGCCAGCCUCGCCGACGAGAAGGGGCCGAGGCCGGAGCCGAGCAGCAGGCGCACGAUGAAGUUUCCCCGGGACUGUGGCUGUGUCCGCGCCGCGCUGCUGCCGCCGCCGCUGCUGCUGCUGCUGCUGGUGCCGCGGGCCGCCGCCGCCCCGCUGCCCCCCGCGGACUCCUCGGGGGAGGCCGAGCUGGACGGGGCGGCGGCGCGGAGAGCGGGGCUGCCCAACAGCCUGCAGCAGGCGCAGCUGCUGCACGCCCGGGCCGCGGAGCUGCAGGACGAGGUGGGUACUGCCGCACCGCACGGCCCGGACGCGGCUGCCUUCGGACAAGGCGCGACCAAACCUCUCCGUGUCUCUCCCCAGAUGUGCGAGAAGUUCACCGUCUGCCAGAACAGCAUGGAAAUGCUCCUCCGCAACAACCUCAACCUCCCCAAGGUGACGGAGGAAGAUGGGUGUCUGCUCGCCGGCUUCAAUGAGGAUAAAUGCUUGAGAAAAAUCUCCAGCGGGCUUUAUACAUUUCAGACAUACCUCAAAUAUAUACAAGAAACUUUUACUAGUGAAAAGCAAAAUGUUCAAUCACUAUGCCAUAGUACAGAGCUCCUGGCAGGUACCAUAAGACAGAUGGUGAUAAAUCCUGAAGAAGUGAUCAUCCCAGAUGCAGCUACCCAGGAAUCUCUCCACACAAAGCUGAAGUCCAUUAAGGCCUGGACAGAGAAAAUCACCAUCCAUCUCAUCCUCCGAGAUUUUACUUCAUUUAUGGAGAAGACAGUGAGGGCUGUGCGCUAUUUGAAAAACACCAGGAGUUUCAGUGUCUGAAUGUUUUAGUUCAGGCACAAUCCUUUAGUUACAAAUCUGUCAGGUGGCAGACAAAUGUUGUUCUGUUUUAAGAACUAGCAAUACUAACAAUAGGUUGCAUCUAUAUACAUUCCCAUUUCCCUCAAUGAACUUAUUUAUUAUAUUUAAA